GGCGGGGGUGGGUCGCUUUCUCCGCCUCCUCGGAGUUUGGGCUCCGUAUCCGGGAAGGAGCGAGCCCGGAACUGCACCCCUGAGGAGACGCCGCCGCCGCCCUCGAACUUCGCCUGCUUUAAUUUACCUCAGGCGGCGCCUUCCCGCGCGCGCGCCAUGAGGCGGCUCCGGCUGGCCCGGAGGGGGCCGUGUCCGGGCAGGGGCUGCGCGGUGGUGCUGGCGCUGCUGGCCGCCGUGGCCUUCUUCGCCGUGGCGCUGUCUCUGGCCAGCCUGCAGGCGCCCCCGGCCGGGGAGAGGCUCUCUCCGCGCGGGGAGAGGCGCUUCUUCUCCGACGGGGCGGAGCGGCCCCAAGACCUGGCCCGCCCCGUCUACGAGAAGGCGCCGCCGGACCCCUCGGCCCCCGGGGAGUGGGGCAAGCCUGCCCACCUGCAGCUGAGCGCCGAGGAGAAGAAGGAGGAGGAAGAGCUGGUGGAGCAGUACGCCAUCAAUGUCUACCUCAGCCAGAAGAUCUCGCUGCACCGCCACAUCCAGGACGGGCGCAUGGCGGAGUGCAAAGCCAAGGCCUACCGCUACCGCCAGCUGCCCACCACCUCGGUGGUCAUCGAGGCCUGGUCCACCUUGCUGCGCACGGUCCACAGCGUGCUGGAGACGUCUCCCGCCGUCCUGCUGAAGGAGGUCAUCCUGGUGGACGACCUGAGCGACAAGGCGUACCUCAAGGGCCAGCUGGAGAAGUACGUCAGCGGCCUGGAGAGGGUGCGCCUGAUCCGCACCAACAAGCGCGAAGGGCUCGUCCGGGCGCGCCUGAUCGGGGCCACCUUUGCCACCGGGGACGUCCUCACGUUCCUUGACUGCCACUGCGAGUGCGUCCCCGGCUGGCUGGAGCCGCUGCUGGAGAGGAUCGCCGAGAACAUGAGCACCGUCAUUUGCCCCGUGAUCGACACCAUCGACUGGAACACCUUCGAGUUCUACAUGCAGUCGGCCGAGCCCAUGAUCGGGGGCUUCGACUGGCGGCUGACGUUCCAGUGGCACUCGGUCCCCGACUACGAGCGCCAGAGGCGGAAGUCCAAGAUCGAUCCAAUCAGGUCGCCCACGAUGGCCGGGGGCCUCUUUGCCGUGAGCAAAAAGUACUUCGAAUACCUGGGCACCUACGACAUGGGGAUGGACGUCUGGGGAGGAGAGAACCUGGAACUCUCCUUUAGGGUGUGGCAAUGUGGGGGCAUCUUGGAGAUCCACCCCUGUUCGCACGUGGGACAUGUGUUUCCCAAGCGCGCCCCGUACGCCAGGCCGAACUUCCUCCAGAACACGGCGCGGGCGGCAGAAGUGUGGAUGGAUGGGUAUAAAGAGCAUUUCUACAACAGGAAUCCCCCGGCACGGAAGGAGAACUACGGAGACCUCUCGGAAAGGAAGCUCUUGAGGCAGCGCCUGAAGUGCCAGAACUUCGACUGGUACCUGAAAAACAUAUUUCCGAACUUGCACGUGCCGGAGGACCGCCCCGGUUGGCACGGAGCCAUCCGCAGCGUGGGCAUCUCUUCCGAGUGCCUAGACUACAAUUCUCCCGAGCACAACCCGACUGGCGCACACGUCAACCUCUUUGGGUGCCACGGGCAAGGAGGGAACCAGUUCUUUGAGUACACGUCAAAUAAGGAAAUCAGGUUCAACUCCGUGACGGAGCUCUGCGCCGAAGUUCCCGACCAGAAGGAUUUUGUAGGCAUGAGGAACUGCCCGAAAGACGGCUCCGCUAUCCCAGAAAACAUCAUAUGGAAUUUUAGAGAAGACGGGACCAUUUAUCACCCUCAUUCGGCAAAAUGCCUUAGCGCUUACCGCACUCCCGAGGGCCGGGCUGAUGUGCAGAUGAGGACAUGCAAUGCAGAGGAUAAAAACCAGUUAUGGAAGUUCGAAAAAUAGAAAUGGGCCUGUUGGUCUGGGAGUCUCUGUGCAAGACUACUUCCAGCUGACUUAGUGUGUAUUCCCACUAAGUAUGGCUAAGCAUGUAUUCCCAUUAACUGUUAAUGCCAGAUUUAGGUAGCUUCUAAAAGGAUUUUUAACAGGUUUGGGAAUGGCAGUGAUUGACUAUGAAGAGGCAGGGUGUUGGGAACUUGCUAUCUGAAGUGCCUUUUAUUCUAAACUCCCAUUGGCGGGGGCUGAUGAGAGUCAUUGUCCAAUAUCUGGACAGGUUGAUCCGAAGGCGUUCACUUAUAAGGGAACAACUAUAGGUUUUUUUUUGUGUGUGGUUGUAAUACUUUGGGAACAAGGUAGCCUUGAUUAGAACUGCAGAUUACUGAACGUUUAUGUUACGUGUUACUGUAAAAAUGCGGGAAAAACUGAAAUCCAUACAAACGCAGCCACGGUACAGAUAAUAACAUUAAUACGAGUUACUCCAGCGAAAGGGAAGCUGUGGUUCUCCAGGUGUUGGAUAGAUCAAAGCUCCCAUCAACCCUUGCCAUGUUGCCUUGGGUUGCUGGGAGUUUUGAUCCAGUGACAACAGGACGGCCACAUGUUCCCCCCAUGCCUGAGUUAACUAUAAGCAUAAUUCGUGGCGAAUGAGGUGGUUUGGCCAAGAAGUGGGAGAAACACCACCCUGUCUGAGUGCUGUCUGCGUGUUGCACACAGGAGUCUCGUUGAGUGUGUUGGGAGAAAAUACUGCUUAGCUUUUAGGGGAGCUUCUCAACUCCCAUCAGUGUGUUGGCUGUGGUUGAUGGGAGUUGUAGCCAAACUGGAAGACACCAGGUUAGCAGUGGACCUGUGCCAAAAUUCCUUCCCCCCCCCCACCUCUUGCACUCCAUUCUAAAUAAUAGUUGUGCCCCCCCCCCCGAGGCAAGUGGUGAAAGCAAUCAUUUGUUAACUUAGGGAGGAGGUUAACUUAGCUGAGGUUAACAGUAUUAGUUGCAAAUAAGAGGCAUUGUUUUUGAUGACGCUGAAAAAUGUCAAAAGGGUGGGAAACCUGACUUGUUUCUUGUAUCGGAAAAACCUGCUUUAAUAUAUAGAGCAGACGUGGGGGUAUUUAGCAAGCACAUCCAAUGGCCAGGGUAUUGUAGUUCACUGACACCUGGAGGGCCAAAGAUUUCUCUCACCUGAUUUAAAGGCUCUUUAUCAAUGUUUCCCAAACUUGAGUCUACAGAUUUUGUUAAACUAUAACUCCCAUCAUCCCUAGCUAGGAGGACCAGUAGUCACAGAUGAUGGGAAUUGUAGUCCAGAAACAGCUGGAGACCCAUGUUUGGGAAAUACUGCUCUAUAUCAGCAUUUGCAAUUCCUGACAGCAGCUAUUUAUGAUCUCUGCCUUAUCACUGUUUACAUAAUCAGUUACGUGUAGUGCUUUAAAAUACACUGAUGGGUCAGAGAAUGAGAGAAAUUGCUUUUUGGAUGGUUCCUAAUGCACUUCAGAUGGAAUUCAGAUUUCCCCAAGGGCUAUAUCUUUAGGUAAAGGUGUUGUCACACUUCCUCAAACGUGGCAUAGCCAAUAUUAUCUAAGUGCUGCAUUCCCAGUCUGUACCUUGAACUCAGAGGCUGUGCCCCUGUGGCUACGAAGUGACAGGAAGCUGGCAGGGUAUGCAGAGAAGCAGUUUCAACAAAUCAGUGUGAUACUUGCCUCUUAACUCUCUGCGUCGGUUAAAUCAACUACUCAGUAUUGUAGCUAGUCUGGCAGAGGUUCAGGGAGUAAACUGCAUCGGAAGUUUGAUUGUCAUAAGCACCUGACUGUUGACAGGAUGUAGAUCAGGCUUUGCUAACCUGGUGCUUUCCAGAUGUUCUGGCCAACGACAGCUACCAGCCCCAGCCAGCAAGGCUGACAUAGGCAAAGUCUUCUUAAAGAAGACUGUUCCCUUCUGAAGGUAAUGGUUUUGAGACCUCUGUAACUUGCCUCUUGGCAGGAAAAGCGACAAAGCUUUAGCUAUCUCUCUCUUUAUUUUAACUACCGGUAAGCUGCAUUUGAUAAUUGGGCAUGACCCAUAGCACCAGCCAGGCUUGAAAUUGUAGCAGAAUUAACUCCCAACAGAGCCUCGAGUUAUCAAGGCCAGCAGUCCUCGAGUUAUCAAGGCCAGCAGUCCUCAACAUCACUGUUGACAACCUGUCACUUGAAGCUGGUAGUCUCUCUCUCUCUGUCUCUUAUAUGUAGAGAACCUUGUUUCUGUUUCAGAACUAGCCACGUGCCCACCUUGGUUAGCCAUUCCAGCCUUUGGUCUUAAAAACUGAGACUGGGCACACCUUAUCCUUAUGCUUGAUGGGGCAAACUUGAAUUGUGGAUUUGGGUGGGGCUGAGGAAAUGAUCACCACCACACAGAGUUGAAGGUGAUGGGGGAGAAAAUUCUCCUGUGUUUUGCUCAUUUUGCACCUGUUACUGCUCCUCUUACAGGUCACUGUAGGAUUUUUUAAAACCUGAUAAACUUGUUUGAACAGCAGUGAAGGCAGGACAGGAUAUUAAUGGGUGUGAACAGUACAGAGCAGCGGUGCCUCUAUUGCCACCAUCGUUUAACUCUUUUGUUGACUGCCUUCAUUUUUAGAGGUGGUCAAGGGGGGAAGAGGUGACGUGCCUAAAAACUUCCCUGCUCUUCUUCCAAAGCUACUAUUCCUCCUGUUUCUACUUCUCAUUGCCGUUGCCUCUUGUAAUUUCAUCCCUGGGACAAUCCAGGGUUUGCCAAGAAUUGCAGGUUACUUUGCAAGCUCCAAUCCAUGGUAUCAGGGGACAGAACGCAUUAUGUAUGAAGUACUAUGUGCAAAGAAUAUGGAUUUCCGAGGUGCUGGAGAUGUCUGUUCACAUUCCCUGCCACCUCUUCUUGAUAUUUGAAGGGGGACAGACGCCAAUCUGGGGAGGGAGAGAAUGUGCCGCAUUAUAAAUUGAAAGCACCACGAUACCACUUUUAACAGUCAUGGCUACCUCAAAGCAUCCUGGGAUCUGUAGUUUGGUACAGGUGCUGGGCAUUGUUAGAGCAGACCCUGCACGAUCCCCCAACUUCUCUGGGAAAAGGCAUUGAUUGUUAAUCCCCUUUGAGAACUGUAGCUGUGGGGGGGAAUGGAGUCGGCCGGCCUAACAACUCUCUGCGCCCUUAAUUACAACGUUCCAGGAUUCCCAGGGGGGAAGCCACAAGACUGCUGCUAAUGCAGGGUGCAGAUGUGGCCUGACUCUUUAGUGUCAGGAAGACCUAUGACCUUGAAGCACAGGUGCAGGCCAAAACAGCACACCGGAGCGAACAAAUCUAUGUCCGUUCUGUAGCCAAUAAGAAAUGAACUCGUCUUCUCAGGCCAUCCAGAGGUGCUGAGUUAGCUGCCCAGAAUAGCUGCUACAGCACAUGGAAACAAGUGUCUUAGGUCAGGUUUGGAUGGCCAGUUUUCACCUGCAGUGUGGUGGUGAAUGUUGCGCUUGCUGCAUAGCGAUAUCUCUGUGGAAGAGGGCCAUCUGAAAUGGUCCUGCUUGCAUUGGACUCUGCGGAACGUGCCCACCCCCGCUUCUUGAAGCUGUAUUGAAUUUCUGACAUGCCAGAGCUGCCUUUGCCAACCCCCCAGAUGUAAGGACGCGGGUGGCGCUCUGGGUUAAACCACUGAGCCUAGGGCUUGCCAAUCAGAAGGUCAGCGGUUCGAAUCCCCAGGAUGAGCUCCCAUUGUUUGGUCCCUGCUCCUGCCAACCUAGCAGUUUGAAAGCAUGAAGUGCAAGUAGAUAAAUAGGUACCACUGUGGCGGGAAGGUAAACGGCGUUUCCAUGUGCUGCUCUGGUUCGCCAGAAGCAGCUUAGUCAUGCUGGCCACAUGACCCAGAAACCGUACACCGGCUCCCUUGGCCAGUAAAGCGAGAUGAGCGCCACAACCCCAGAGUCAUCCGUGACUGGACCUAAUGGUCAGGGGUCUCUUUACCUUUACCUUACCCCCCAGAUGUUUUGUACUACAGCUCCAUUGGUUGGUGAAAAGGGACUUUAGUGUUACAGUCAUAUGAUGACCGCAUUAGUGCAAAAUCACUGGUCUGAAACCACCCUUGCGGUUUCAGAAUGAUGACUAUUAACAGAACUAACAGUUAUGGAAAGGUCAUUGUCCUGCAGGCUCUGUGUAAGAUUCCACUGUGCACAUAAUAUGCCGAGGUGUUUCUAUGACACUUUAGUAUUGUGACGAUUUAGCAUUGUUAAAUUGUAUGGUGGGACUAAGGUGUAAAGUGUCUUAACCACAAGUGACCUUGUAAAGGUUUUUCUAAAAAUGUUUUCCCCCUUUUCUAUGCACUCCGAAGCUGGAUCUACACUGAGCUCUGUGCCAAGCACUAUCUCACUACAAGCUUGUGUGAGCUAUGCAAUUUUAUCCACCUAUAUGCCUUAUUUCUUUUUUGUAGGUUCAGGGAAAAGAACUUGUAUUUUCUUACGGAGGACUGUUUUUAUGCCUAAUGUGGUGUACAAUUCUCUUGGGACGGCAAUCCUGAACCCAUUUGCUAGAGAUUAAGAGGUUGUCUUUAACUUUGUGGGACUCAUAUCAGGGUAAACAUUUACAGGAUUGCACUGUUAAUAACUCACGCGGAGGGAAAAAGCAAAACUAAAUUAGUAUUCCAUCGCUGUAUGAAAAGUACAAAGAAAAGAAUAUAAUUGUGUGUGGUGUGUAAAUUAAGAUAUAUAAAUAUUUUUAUACUAAGAAUUUGCAUUGGCAAUCUUAGCUGUAGCUAAGUUCAGUUCAGAAAGGUAAUACUGUUUACAGGCUUCUGAAAUAUUUGAUAUCUGGAAAAUGAAGGUAUGCAUUUUAAUUAUACUUCAGUUCUUGAAUGAAUUGUGAAAUUGAGGAAAUUUUACUGUGAGGGAUUUGAACUACUGAUUUACAGUGUCUGUUUUUAGGGAAACAAAUAACUUCACAAUGCGUAGACGUGAUUAAAAGCUCCUUGAAAAGGCAGAAAUAAACAAUUUUCAAUUUAAA